AUGGAGAAUAAGCAUAACCCUAAUUUUCUCAGCGCAGAUGUAUCCAGCUACUGGUCCGAUCUUCCUAUAGAUCUUUUGACUUCAGUGUUGGAACAACUCACCUUUGCUAAUUUCCAACGAGCUAAAUCUGUAUGCUCCUCUUGGUACUCUGCUUCCAGAGAAGUCGUAUCCAAAAACCAUCAGAUCCUUUGGCUGAUUCUCUUCCCGGAAGAAGACGACAACAACAAUUCAUAUUGCACGUUGUUCAGUCCCGAGGAAAAACACAAACUCUACAAAACGCAAGAUCUUGGCGUUGAAUUUGCCAAGAGUGUGUGUAUAGCAACCUAUGGAAGCUGGCUCCUCACUACAACAAAAACGUGCCUUAUGCGAGAUCCACGGUACAAUCUCUACAUUUUGAAUCUUUUUACCCACGAAAAGAUUGAUCUGCCAUCUGUGGAGUCACAACUUGGAACAACAAAGAUUGAGCGAGGUUUAGAUGAUUGGUUUCUCGUUUCUAAUGAUCAAUUCGAAAGGAAGGUCAAAGAUUUUGGUGUGCGAUCCCCUGUGAUUUGGAUUGACGAGAAAACCAAAGAAGAUUAUAUAGUUCUUUGGGGACUUGGAAGUUGGUGUGUGUUUUAUGCCAAGAAAGGAGAUACCUCGUGGAACCAGGUUCCGGGAUUAUCGCAUUGUCUUGACAUGGUUUACAAGGAUCACAAGCUUUACUUCUCUAGCACCAUAAAUAGUUUCACAAUCUUAGAUUUUUCUGGAGAGAUUCCUCAAAAAAUCUUUCAAUGUGAUAUGCAGCUGUUUAGAUUUGAGCUUCGUCGUAGACAUAGACUAAGUAGUAGACCAAGUAAUGCAUGGUUCGUUGCUGAGACAAAACUGGUAGUCACAGUAACAGGAGAUGUCCUCAAGGUUCAAAGAAUGAUAAGACCUAGGUCUGGAUCCGAGUCUUUCCGUGUCUACAAAGUUUAUUCAUCAGCAGGGUUCCCCAUAUAUGAACAAGUUGAUUCUUUGGGCGAUGAGGCAAUGCUUCUGGAUCUAGGUGUCACUGUACUCGUCGAUAAAAAAGUUGAGGGACUCCAUAGAAAUUCCAUCUAUUUCAGUGGUAUUCAAGGAAAGAAGAAAAAUGAAAUUGUUUUUUUCAAUUUCGAGACACAAAAGAUGGAGUCACUGAAAAAAAUUGAUUGUUCGUCAGUUAAACUCUCUAAAGCUCGAUGGUUUUUACCAAGUUUCACGCGUACAUGA